UGAAUUGUGAAAACAUGUGAGCUGGCAAUGGGAUCGCCGUUUUGAGUGAUAUUAGGUGGUUGCUGGCAGUGGCGCGAAUUCGUUAACGUCGUUUCGUUUGAUUCGUUUCUUGGUGUCAUUCCCUUUGGAAUACGUGUCAAUUUUUGCUUCUAGGUUUCUUUCCAUUGAACUCCGUCGAUCGCCACUUCUGUGCUUGCAGUGGAUCUAUAACAAUUUGAGAAGGCCAUUGGAUUUCUGCGACAGCUCUCUGGUGGAUGGACUUGGGCUGUGAGAGCAAAUGGGCUUGGUCUUGAUAGCAAUUGCAGUCUAGAGAAAUUUUAAGCACCGAAAAUAAUGGCUUCUUUGGAUCAUGAAGAUGGAGGAAUCAGCCAUAAUCUGGAAGUGCAUUCUCAAGUUCCCGAGGACGAUGAUGAUCAUGCCAUUUCUCGCCAAAAGCAGUCAGUUUGUUCUUCUUCAUUAUCAGACUCUUCACUAGACGAAUCAGUAGUGUUAGAAAACGAUGAAAAUGGUCUUCAUACUUUGGAACCAAAGCAUGCUGUUAAUGAUGAUCUUCCAACGAUGUCAUAUUCAAGCGACUUUGGUUACCCAUCCCCCGUGUGGAGCUUCCAAAGUACGUCAGUUACACAGUAUCCUCCCAGUCAAAUGAUGGCUAGACCUGGCUAUGAUCCAAACAGGAUCCCAUUGUCUGUAUUUUCCAGCAGAGCGACAAAUCCUUUGGGAUGGAGUCAUACAUCAAAUGAAUCUCUUUUCAGUAUACAGGCGGGAAACAAUAGUUUCGCAAGGGUUGAUGACUCAAUCAGCAAGUCCACGGCACUGUAUCCUGUUGAAGAGGCAGUCCCAAGCAAUUGUGCUGACAUAGAAGGGCACUCAGAUUCAGUAUCAACAAGAGUUACAUGGGAGGAAGUCAAAGAUUCGCUCAUGGUGAUGCACUGUGAAUCAGUAGAAACAUUGGCUGAAACUACAGAGGAUAAUAGGAAGGAAGCAAUAAUGGUCCCCACGGAGGAGGCUAAGAAUAUCACCAGUGUGUCUUACCGCUCUGAAGAUAGCCGUAUGAGCAAUCGAUCUUUUCAAUUUCCUGUAUUGGCAAUUGAGGGUGGAAGGAAGAGUAAAAUAAGAAUAAAUUCAGAAAAGGCGUUAGAGCCGCCUAGUCCUGAAGCUGAAAAAACACCAAAUCCUCGACCAAGAAAUCGCUGGUAUCUCCCCUCUUGUUGUUCAAGUCGUUGAGAAAGCAAUCACUGAAUAAUAAUCAAUCAGCCGAUCAGGCCUUGCUUUGGAACACUAUCUUUAUCAAAUAUGUUUAUAAUCAUUUUGUCGUCGUCUCUCUCUCUAUCAUAUAUUCCUGAUGCAUAUCUAACAUGCGCAGGCAUAGCUACGAAGAUUUGGAUCUUUAAAAGUAUUAACGAAUUCAAUACAAAUACCCGAAUCUGGAUCCUUAAAAUUAUUCGUGAAAGUCUUCAUACAUGAGUA